AUGUUCCCACAAGCGCUCUGCAGGCUACACCAGGCCAUUGGGAUCGCAGAAACCAGGAUUGGUCUACUUUUGCCCUCAGCUCUGUUCGCUCUAUUCGUCUAUAUUUUCACGUCCAGGCUGACACGGAGGAGCGUCAAAGCUCCAGUGGUCGGACAUCGAUCAGUGUUGGAGCCCGGUUGGCUUGUGGGGUACCGUUUCACGAUAGAGGGGAGGAACAUGCUUCGACAGGGGUAUCAGAAGUUUCGAGACAAGAUAUUCAAAGUCCGCUGCAACGGCCUCGAAGUCGUCCUACUGCCGCACCGAUAUAUUGAUGAGCUCCACAACGUCCCAGAAGAAAAGGCUAGCCCGCCGCAAGCACUAUUCAACAAAGGCCUAGGCCACUAUGUUCAUAUGAACAUCAUCUUGGAGAGUCGCUUGCACGUGCAAAUCGUGCAGCAACGGCUGACUCCCAACCUGGUGUCGAUAAUGCCUCAGCUGCAGCAGGAGCUAGACUUUGCUCUAGAGGAAGAGCUGCCUCAUUGUCGUACCGACGAGUGGGUAUCGGUCAACGUGCAAGACCUCAUGGCACGUCUCGUCGGUCGGCUGUCUGCCCGUGUACUUGCAGGCCGGGAACUGUGCCGGAAUGAGGAGUGGCUGUCUGCCAGCGUCCACCAUAGCGGACACGCAUUUGCCACUUCAAUGACGCUGCGCAUGGUCCCGGGAUGGAUGCGUCCUAUUGUCGCACCUUUGAUCCCUUUCUAUUGGCAGGCACGGUCGGAUCUGGCGACGGCGAAACGCCUAGUCGGUGCCCUUGUUGAGCGGCGACGGGUGGCUGAGGCACAGCAAGGAGACGCGUAUGUGAAGCCGAACGACCUCCUGCAAUGGAUGAUGGAUGAGGCUGGCGGGGAUAAUGGAACUCCACAUAAACUAGCCCAUCGACUGCUAUUCGUGAGCGACGCCUCUGUUCUGACCACUGGCAUCCUAACCACACAUUUCCUCCUCGACCUCUGUGCCCAUCCGCAAUAUCUUAAUCCCCUUCUAGCUGAAAUCACGGACGUGAUGCGUGAGGGCGGCAAUUUUCAGAAAACGAUGGUCCAUAAGAUGGUUCGACUGGAUAGCUUUCUGAAGGAGUGUCAACGGAUGAAUCCGACCUUCUUAAUGACGUUCGACCGAGUACUCAAGGCCCCGAUGACUCUCUCCGACGGCACUAGACUCCCCAAAAACACCCAUAUUGCAGUUCCGACCGACGCGAUGCUGCACGAUCCAGCCUACCUCCCAGGCGGCGGCGACCCCAACAGCUUUGAUCCCUUCCGUUAUGCACGGCUGCGAGAACAGCCGGAGAAUGCCCACCGAUAUCAGCUGGCGACGACUGACUCGACCAGUCUAGCCUUUGGUCACGGAAAGCACGCUUGUCCGGGGCGUUUCUUCGCCAGCAGUGAGGCCAAGCUCCUUCUAUGUAACCUGUUGCUCCGCUACGAGAUUCGUCUGCCGGAUGGCCAGACACGUCCCCGCAACUUGCUGGUGGCUGAGAAUCUUGUUCCUGAUCCCUCGGCAAGGCUCCUCUUUCGUAAACGGGAUGACGAUGAGAUUCCCCGAGAUCUCCGCAACCUUGGAGCAUGA